GAAAGAGAGCACGGCGUGUUGAUAGACAGAUAGCAGUGACAGAGAGCAGGGGAGAGGCAGGAGCUGAGUCAUGUGUCCUCCUAUCCGCUACAUGUAGCUAUAGAGACCACAGCAUGUCACGUCCAAGUGCGGACGUCCAACUGUAAGCGUGCCCAGCUACCUGUGAAUAUUUCCACAGCUUCUCAAAGUUCUCUCGGCAGGAGGAAAAGCUUUGUCUCGGCGAGGCCUCUGAGGGCCUACAUCAGCAUGGUGAACAGCCAAGCGUCAGGCAUACCACCAGCUCCCAGGUCGUGUGCAGGAUGUGGGGGAAAGAUUGCCGAUCGCUUCCUGCUCUUCUCCAUGGAGCGCUACUGGCACACGCGCUGCCUCAAGUGCUCUUGCUGCCAAGCCCAGCUGGGGGACAUUGGCACUACCUGCUAUAGCAAAGGGGGCAUGAUUCUGUGUCGGAGUGACUACAUCAGACUGUUUGGGCACAGUGGGGCGUGCAGCGCCUGCGGCCAGUCAAUCCCAGCCAACGAGAUGGUGAUGAGGGCACAGGGAAAUGUUUACCACCUCAAGUGUUUCAGCUGUGCCACCUGUAGAAACAGACUCAUGCCUGGCGAUCGCUUCCAUUACAUCAAUGGUACAAUCUUUUGUGAGCACGACAGACCCGGCGCUGCCUUGCUUAACAGCCACCUGCCUCCACUUCAGAGCAGCUCUGUGCUGACAGACCAGAAGGUAUGCUGAGUGGCAGCAGUUCUGCGUGAUGCGGUCAUGUUUCCCACCCGAGCUUCACUUCUCCUCAGUGCACUCCUCUCCUGCUUCUGUUGCCGUUGUUAAUGUGGACCCAGCCCCUCCCCAAACCCUGCCAGCCACCCACCAGUCUUCUCCCGGACAGAAUGUUGUUUUUCAUUCAAGAUAUCUUUCAUGACUCCCCAUAUCAGAGACUCUUUAAUGCAUACAAAGUCCUGUUUCUGUUGUGGUCAAUGUUAAAGUGGUCUGUGCAUCAUGCAAAGACUAAGAGUAUGUGUGGACUGCAUUGGCAAAAGGCUCCUUGAGGACUAAAAGAAGGCUUGAGGAAAACGGUGACAAUGAAAACCAGCACCAACUAAAAGGGAACAAAAGGAGCUUGAUAUACGUUUGAUGGACUGCUGUAAAAUGACUGUCAAAGCUUUGCUUAUGCCAUGUGACAUUAUUUCCCCUGAGCGUGUUUUUAAUGAACUCUUGAUCUCUCUCUUGUAUAUGUUAAUCUUGAGAUCUAACACACUGAGGACUGAAGAUAAAAAUGAUGGGUGUCAGGCAAAAAAUCCGGAGUACCUGAAAAUGUUCAAUCACAGGAAAACCCUUAAAUGAAUUUAUGCACCAGAAACUUUGAGAAGCACGUACGGAAAACAAAGACCUUUCGGUAUUAUCCUCAAUGACUGAUUUCUCACAUGCCCUAAACAAAAAAGAAGUCAAAUUAUCCAGUAAAGGUUUUGUUGUUUUUCUUCUGUAGGGUUUUAUUUCUUUAUCAGGUGCCUGUUAAAUGUGUGGAAAAAAUGUGCAUUUAAAACAAAACUUCUAUUAAAAACUGUUGUCCUCUAACAUGUCACAAAGUGAGAUGAUGUCAUACAGAAGCCCCUUAGUGGUAUUCAAGUGGCAUUGUAUUUCACAGUAUCUAGCAUUGUGGAUGUUACUGGCUUUCUCCUACUCUUUACCCCUGUAUGGUGAAAACAUGCCUGAUUACCCCAAGGAAUGGAAUUAGGGGGCUUGAGCUCUGACCAUUUACAGAAGCAAUUAAACAUGAGCCCUUGUAUCUGUGCUGCUGGUGCUCCUGGGCGGCUGAACUUGGGGCAUAUCCUGUAGCUGACUGGCCCGGUGGCCGUCUGCUUGCCUGCCUCUAAUAAAGCCUAAUCUGAAAGCAGGCUAAUUAAAGGGGAGUGGCCCUCUCUACAUCCAGGGCAUUUGAAACAAUCAGAUGUAUUUAGUAUCUACCAUGUUCCAAUUAAAGCUCCACACAGCCUG